AGGUUACUAUGGUGUAUGAUUAGUUGAGUACAGUUUAGAUUUUGCAUUAUUCAUUUCCUUAUAUUAUUAUUAUUAUUAUUAUCGUUAUCAUUAUUUUUAUUCUUAUUAAUUCUUUCUAGUGUAUAUUGAUUGGCAUAUAUACUUGCUUAUAGACUAAUAAACUUUAAUACCUUUUCCCCACGAUUUUUUGCAUUCAUAUUAAUUUUUUUUUGUUGCUCUUCGGAGCUUAUCGCAGAACAAUUUAAAAUCAGUAAAUGAAACUUGUCAGACAGUAAGUUGUAGUUACACAUAUCAGGAUAGAUCAGGAUGACAUUCAAAAGUUAUUUUGCAAGGUAUAACAAGCUCAUCCAAAAGAAACCUCUUAUCACUAACAUGAUAACUACGGGGAUGUUGUUUGGUAGUGGAGAUAUACUUGCUCAAACGUUAUUUAAAGGACCGAAUGAAAACAAUAGUUCUUCGUUUGAUUUAGCAAGAUUGUUGAGAGCUGUUGUUUAUGGCUCCAUUAUAUUUGCUCCUAUUGGGGAUAAAUGGUAUAAAUUAUUGAAUAAAAUCAAAUUCCCAUCGAAAAGAAUUAAUAGUACUGCUAAAGUUAAAUUAGAGCCUGUUCUACAUGUUUCAUCACCAAAACCAUCGAUUAAGGAUACUAUACUUCGAGUGACCGUUGAUCAGUUAGUGUUUGCUCCAUUUAUAGGUAUUCCACUAUAUUAUACGGUAAUGACAUUAUUCGAAAUGGAAACACCAAUAUUGGAUACUAUAAGUAAUAAAUUAUCACUUAAUUGGUGGAAUACUUUGGCUACUAAUUGGUUAGUAUGGCCCAUUUUCCAAUUAUUUAAUUUUUAUUUAUUACCAGUUCAUUAUCGCUUAUUAGCCGUUAAUUCAUUUAGUAUUGGAUGGAAUUGUUAUUUAAGUUAUGUAUUAAAUAGGAAAGAUAUCGGAACUCAACUACAUAUUGAUAUAGUACCAGAUCCGAAACCCGAUGGGGGUAAUAUGAUCUUUUAGGUCACAAGACUUUACACUAUUUUUACAAAUUUAAUAUAUAACAUAUAUAUUAUAUUAGAUAUAUUAGAUAUACAUUAUAUAUAUUAACUAUAUAUCAUAUAAUAUAUUACAUAUAUUUAUUUUAUAAUCAUUAUCAUUAUAUAACAUGUAUUAGUAACAUCCUCUACAUAUAGUAAUACAUAGUACGUAAUAGAGAAAAGUUCUUC